CGGUUACGCGGCCCGACACGCGACACCCGGAGCUCCAGUGACCGCGGACAGAGCACUGUUUUCGGUCAAACUGCUGAAGAUCUGCCCUGGAUGAGCUGGAGGAUCUGCUGAUGGAGAGGAACCGGCGCUGGAUGGAGGUCAUGCUCCUGUCUGCGCUUCUGCUGGCUGAAGUCUCUCACUGUGCUCAGGGUCGAUUCGCACACAAGCUGUUGAAUGAUCUGAUGGAGGAUUACUCCAGCGCUCUGCGGCCGGUGGACGACACCGACAAAUCCCUGAACGUCACACUGCAGGUCACACUGUCCCAGAUCAAAGACAUGGACGAGAGGAACCAGGUGUUAAUCGCGUACCUGUGGAUCAGGCAGGUGUGGCACGACGCUCACCUGAAGUGGAGUAAAGAGGAUUAUGACGGUCUGGAGGUGAUCCGCAUUCCCAGCAGCCUCGUCUGGAGACCCGACCUGGUGCUGUAUAACAAGGCGGAUGAUGAUUUCUCAGGCCCAGUAGACACUAAUGUCGUUCUCCGAUACACCGGUGAGAUCACGUGGGACGCUCCGGCCAUCACCAAGAGCUCCUGUGUGGUGGACGUUUCCUACUUUCCCUUCGACAGCCAGCAGUGCAACCUCACAUUCGGCUCCUGGACAUACAACGGCAACCAGGUGGACAUCGCGAUGGGCAGUGUCAGCGGAGACCUCUCGGACUUCGUGGAGAACGUGGAGUGGGAAUGCCACGGGAUGCCGGCCACCAAGAACGUGAUCAUGUACGGCUGCUGCUCAGAUCCCUACCCCGACAUCACCUACACCGUCCUGCUGCAGCGCCGCAGCUCCUUCUACAUCAUCAACCUGCUGCUGCCCUGCUUCCUCAUCUCCUUCCUGGCGCCGCUCAGCUUCUACCUGCCCGCAGACUCCGGGGAGAAGGUCUCGCUGGGGGUCACCGUGCUGCUGGCGCUCACUGUGUUCCAGAUGAUGGUGGCAGAGAGCAUGCCUCCCUCUGAGAGCGUUCCUCUCAUUGCUAAAUACUACAUAGCGACGAUGACUAUGAUCACAGCGUCCACCGCUCUGACCAUCUUCAUCAUGAACAUUCAUUUCUGCGGUGCGGAGGCCAAACCGGUGCCGUACUGGGCCAAAGUGCUCAUCAUCGACUACAUGUCCAAGAUCUUCUUCGUCUAUGAGGUUGGAGAGAGCUGUGCGUCUCCGUUCGGACAGACAGAGGAGUCAGAGUCCUUCCACAGCCAGAAUCAUCGUCACAACCACAAGCUUCAUCCUAAAGGGAAAAUAUCAGCAUCUCCGCCACCCUGCUGCCCAGAGGACCACAAAUCCACCUUCGCCCUGGGCUGUGAGAGCUGUGUUUACUGUGGUUUUCGUUCUGGAAGUCUGGCCUGCGACACAAAGCUGCUCCGCAAUGUUGAAUACAUCGCCAACUGCUUCCGCGAGCAGAGGACCACCGCCCUGAAGGUGGCCGAGUGGAAGAAGGUGGCCAAGGUGAUGGACCGAUUCUUCAUGUGGAUAUUUUUCAUCAUGGUCUUCCUCAUGAGUAUCCUCAUCAUCGGAAAAGCACCAGCAACCACGAACGACAUUUGACUACUUGAAGUUAUACAACUCAUGCUGAGUUCAUGUCCAGUCCAGUGAACCACUGUUAUACAAUGACCUGCCUAAUUACCCUAACUUUACCCUAAUUAACCUAGUUAAGCCUUUAAAUGUCACAUUAAGCUGUAUAGAAGUGUCUUGAAGUGCUUGAUGUGCUGUCAUCAUGGCAAAGAUAACAGAAAUCAGUUAUUAGAGACGGGUUAUUAAACUGAAAUUGGGGAAAAAUAUACAGAAGGGUGAAUACUUCUGACUUCGACUGUAAAUUAGAAAUAGUUCAAAUAAAAGUAAAAUCCUGCCAUCAAAAAUCGAUUCCAAUUUUUUUAAUUGCAUUGGGAUUCUCAAGAAGGGUCUGGAUGCAGACCUGGUGCAGUGCAAUCUGAGCUGCAUCCAAUGCUUUUUAAUGCGUUCACCUAACUCCACCCCUAACCCUACCCGUCACAGUGACGUCACUCACUCCACUGAGUGCAUUGUGUCUGACAUUGCAUCGCUGAGUGAUGCAAUCUCAGCUUGCAUCAUAAAGGCUGCAUCCAGAUAUUAUUGGGAUUCUCUCUUGAAUGGACUCUGAGCUUAGUGUUAAACAGCAGAUGGCGCCCUAGGCUUGUUUUUGAAUCUGCCACUAUCCUGACGCACAGGCAUUUGUAGCUCCGCCCUCUUCUAAAAAGAGCGCAAUCUCAUUUGAAUUUAAAGCGACAGUCACCAAAACCCCACAAUUAGGAGCAAAGCCUAAAAGGGCCAGUUCCAGAGAGCUGGACAACAUUAUCUGCGAGCUAUUUUCAGCUCAAUCUUCACCACACACUCUAGAGACAGUAGAGAUGCAUUUACAUCUUAUAAACAAGGGGCAGGAUAGGGCCAGAUUAGAUAGAUUUGAUAG